AUGUCGUCAGUACCGGCGACAACGAAAACUACCACCGCCGGAUGCGGCGGAGACGAUGACAUGCAGGAGAUCGCUUUUGCAAAGAAAGGCUGUAUGUGUUCUUGGAUUCCGUGUUUCUCAUCAGAAACGUCUCCGUCGCUGUGGGAGCCAAUGCAGUUAAAGUUUUAUGACAAUAAAGAGAAAUUGUGGUGGUUCCGUGGAUGGAUGAAGGUACGUGAGUGGUCAGAGAUUGUUGCUGGUCCAAGAUGGAAAACGUUCAUUCGACGAUUCAAUAGCAAUAAGAAUCGUAACGUUAAUGCUAAACAAGUUUCGUUAAACUACGAUCCGUUAAGUUACGCUCUCAAUUUCGAUGACGGAGAUGGUGGAAGCGGCGGAGAAGAUAGUCAUCUUCACGGUUACGGCGGCUUUUCUUCGCGUUUCGCUUCUGUUCCGGCGUCGGCGAAAUGUUCGAUGGAUCUAGGGAAAGAUGCGGCAGUAAUCACGUGA